UAUCACAAAAAACUCAAAACACAUCUGAUUAAUCAAAGAAACAAAGGUAAAAGAAAAAAUGUUGGCUAUAUUUCAGAAAGCUUUUGCUCACCCACCGGAGGAGCUCAACAGUCCGGCGUCUCAUUUCUCCGGCAAAACCCCUAAACUUCCCGAAGAAACUCUCUCCGACUUCCUCUCUCGUCACCAAGACUCUGCUUUCUCCAUGAACUUCGGUGGAUCCGCCGUCCUAGCUUACGCUCGCCAAGAAACCUCUCUUCGCCAGAGGCUAUUCUGUGGACUUGAUGGGCUUUACUGUAUGUUUCUUGGGAGAUUGAACAACCUCUGUACGUUGAACCGACAGUACGGUUUGUCUGGGAAGAACUCGAACGAGGCUAUGUUUGUGAUCGAAGCAUACCGAACACUUCGUGAUCGUGGUCCUUACCCAGCUGAUCAAGUUCUUAGAGGUCUCGAUGGAAGCUUUGCCUUCGUCGUCUACGAUUCUCAGACCUCCUCUGUUUUCUCAGCUCUGAGUUCUGAUGGAGGAGAGAGUCUUUACUGGGGGAUUUCUGGAGACGGAUCUGUUGUGAUGUCUGAUGAUCUUCAGAUCAUUAAGCAAGGCUGUGCUAAAUCAUUUGCUCCUUUCCCUACUGGGUGUAUGUUUCACAGUGAGACAGGACUUAAGAGCUUUGAACAUCCGACCAAUAAGAUGAAGGCAAUGCCGAGGAUUGAUAGUGAAGGUGUUAUUUGUGGAGCUAAUUUCAAAGUUGAUGCUUGUUCUAAGAUCAAUGGCAUCCCCAGAAGAGGAAGUGAGGCUAACUGGGCGCUGGCUAAUUCUCGUUAACUUUCCUUCUAAACGUAACUCUUAAUUUUUUUCUUGCUGUGUUCUAUUUUAAUGCUUAUGUAAUAUUAGCACUAUGACGACGAUAAAGAAAUCAAAUUGCUCUGUUCCUUCUUGA